AUGGCCAGACGGAAAGAGGUCAAAACGGAGAAGCUGGCUUCUGCCAAGACCACUGCCUCUGUUUUUCAAAACUAUGAUGCUACCCCAGAAACCGAGGCUGCUCCUAAGGAAAAGCCCGAACCCCAGAGAGUUGAAUUGAGUGACGACCCGUCUCAAUAUAACUUUCCAUGGAACAUCAUCUAUGAAUUCCAGGAUUUCCUCAAUCUCUACUUGGACUUCUGCAAAGCUGCUCAGAUCAUGACAUGUCUCUACAUCGGCCAGAUCUUCUACGUUUACUUGAAUAAGAUCCAAGACGACAAGACGCUAUCGUCAGUGGGGUUCAACUUGAUUGGAGCUGUCUUGGCCAUGUGGCUCAACCACCGUUCCAUGACGAAGAAAUAUAAGGAGGAUCCAACCAGAUUCAAGGCUCCUGUGUUGCCCGACUUCAACACGUUGUACGCUUUCGUCAUCCCCAUCUUGCUGUUCGUGCUUUUGGGCGAUACUAAGGCACCAUUUUUCCAGGUGAACUUGGCCUUAAACAACUUUGCCAUCAAGAACCUUCACAUUGUUGCCAAGGUGCUCUCGUCGUUUGUCUUCUACUACAUCUAUAACGACUCGACUACUGUGGAGGUGUUCUUCUAUCUUCGUGUGGUGCUCACGUACUUCUCUUUGGAGUACAUCUUCGAUGGAUGGAACGAAUUGGGCGAGGAGGAGGAAACCAAUGUCAAAUUGACAACCAUGUUGCCUUCUGAGAUCCACAUGAUUUGCCUUCUUCUUGUUAACUUGUUGUACAAUUUAGACGCAAAGGCGAUGCCAUUCCCAUUGGUGCUUUUCCGUGAGCUCACCAUCUCCCUCAUGGCAGCAUCUUUUGCAGCAUACCAGCUUUACUGGAUCUAUUUGAGGAUGCAACAAAGUGUCAUCAGAAAGGGCGUGGCUAUUCUUAUUGCCGUGCUCUUUGCGGCGGUGUUUUACUUCACCAUGGACCUCAUUUUCACGAAAGAGUUGGACGAGAAGAACCCUGUUUUGUGGUUGUUUGACUACAUCUGGGAAUCUGACGCUCGCUUGCAUUUGAUCAUCUACUGGGCUGUUUCUCUUUUGGUCGCCAUUCCAAUCAUUUUUGGUUUGGCCUACACCAACAAAAUCAACCUCAACCUUCGUAGGAAAGUGUGGCACUUUAUGUUGGUGCUCUGUCUCGGAUACCCUGCAUUUGUGCAGCAGCCAGAGUUUACCGCCAUUGCAUUGUUGGGGUCGCUUAUUGUGUUUAUUGUCAUUGAGAUGAUUAGAUGCACCCGAAUCACUUUCCUCGGAGAAUUUUUGUUCACCGAGUUGAGAUUUUUCCAAGACGAAAAAGAUCUCAAGGGUCCGCUCAAUUUGUCUUACAUUUUCCUACUUGCCGGUGUGGUUGCUCCAUUGGCUUACGGCUAUGUUCUCGGAGACGUUGUUAAUUUACGCUCGUACAUCGGCUUAGUGACGCUUGGCUUGGGCGAUUCGCUUGCAUCCAUUGUGGGGAAGAGAUUUGGCAAGAUCAAGUGGAAGGGCGCACUGAGAACGCUCGAGGGAACAAUCACAUUCAUGGUGGUUACGUUUGCAUCUUUUGUGUUGAUUGACUUCUACAUUAUGCCCGAGGACAAGAGGGUCCAGAACUGGGAAAACACAUUCAUCAUUGCCAUGAUUGCCGGCAUUCUAGAAGGCUCAGCUACGCUUAACGACAAUAUCUUGAUCCCAUGCAUGGUGACAUUGGCGUACGACUUGCUCAACCGGACGUUCUGA